CUGAUCUCACGCGACCAAGAAAACCAUUGCCGCCCUCCUCCUCCUCCUAGCUAGCUCGUCUUCCUCCUCUCCUUGAUCUGGCUGGCUCCUUGGCCUCCCUCCUUACUUUGCUUCGAUUCGAUCGGUCUCGUUGCUCCAUCCCACCGGCGGCCUCUAGUCCCCAGGGGGCGCAGCCAUGGGCGGGGGAGGCGGAGGCGGCAACACGAGGGAGCUCGACCAGACGCCGACGUGGGCCGUCGCCUCCGUGUGCGGCGUCAUCAUUCUCAUCUCCAUCCUCCUGGAGAAGGGCCUCCACAAAAUCGGAGAGUUCUUCUCUCACCGGAAGAAGAAGGCCAUGGUGGAGGCGCUGGAGAAGGUGAAGACGGAGCUCAUGGUGCUCGGGUUCAUCUCGCUGCUGCUGGUGUUCGGCCAGAACUACAUCAUCAAGAUCUGCAUCACCGAGAAGGCCGCCGACACCAUGCUCCCCUGCCGCCUCAAGGCGUCCACCAUCGAAGCCGAGACCGACAAGGGCCACCACGGCGGCGGCGAGGCCGCCGGCGCCAAGGAGCCCGGCCACAUGGCCAAGCCGGCCGAGCACUUCGGUCUCAUGGGCACCCCCUUUGCCGCCGCCUUCUCCGCCCCUCCGCACCACCGGUUGCUCGCCGAGGCCAAGAUGUCAACCAAAUGCCCCGAGGGGAAGGUGUCUCUGAUCUCCAUUAACGCGCUGCACCAGCUGCACAUCUUCAUCUUCUUCCUGGCCGUCUUCCAUGUCACGUACAGCGCCAUCACCAUGGCGCUGGGCAGGGCCAAGAUUCGUGGAUGGAAAGACUGGGAGAAAGAAGCCGCGGGCCAAGAUUUCGAGUUCUCUAAUGAUCCAACGAGGUUCAGAUUCACCCACGAGACGUCGUUCGUCAGGCAGCAUAUGAACGUGCUGAACAAGACCCCGGCAUCGUUCUACAUUAGCAAUUUCUUCAGGCAGUUCUUCAGAUCGGUCAGGAGGGCCGACUACUGUGCACUGCGUCACAGCUUCGUUAACGUUCACUUGGCUCCUGGCAGCAAGUUCGAUUUCCAGAAGUACAUCAAACGGUCUCUUGAGGACGACUUCAAGGUCAUUGUCGGAAUCAGCCCUCCUCUGUGGGCAUCUGCUCUCAUCUUCCUGUUACUCAAUGUCAGCGGGUUGCAUACCAUGUUCUGGAUUUCCAUCAUGCCAGUGGUGACGAUCCUGUCAGUGGGGACGAAGCUUCAGGGGAUCAUCUGCCGGAUGGCGAUCGACAUCACGGAGCGGCACGCGGUGAUCCAGGGAAUCCCGCUGGUGCAGGUCAGCGACUCCUACUUCUGGUUCAGCCGACCAACCUUCGUCCUCUUCCUCAUCCACUUCACCCUCUUCCAGAAUGGCUUCCAGAUCAUCUACUUCCUCUGGAUACUGUACGAGUACGGCAUGGACUCCUGCUUCAAUGACUCCAAAGAGUUCGUCUUUGCACGUCUCUGCCUCGGAGUUGUGGUUCAGGUCUUGUGUAGCUACGUCACUCUCCCUCUCUACGCUCUCGUCUCACAGAUGGGGUCAACGAUGAAGCAGUCCAUCUUCGACGACCAGACGUCCAAGGCGCUCAAGAACUGGCGCGCCGGCGUCAAGAAGAAGCCCGCGGCGGCCAGCUCCAAGCACGGCGGCGGCGGCGACAGCGACCACCCGGACUCCGGCAGCCCCAAGGCCGAGGGCCCCGGCGGCGGCGGCAGCGUCGCGCUCACGCAGAGGAAGCACAGCGACGGCGCCGGCGAGGCCGACGGCGCCGGCGACGGGUCGGGAUCCAAGAAAGGGGACGAAGGCAACUACGAGUUCAUCAAGCUCGAUCCGUGAUUGAUCCAUGCAAGCCACUAGCAAGGAUCAGGCAGGAUAAUUAACUAACCCUGAUUAAUCCAUCAAGUACAGUAAUUAAACUAAUUACCAAGUGAUUAAUUAACCAUCACUCCUUUUGUUGUACCAGUAGCUAUACAGUGCAGCAGUACACGUAUGUAUGUACCUACCGUAUUCAUACGUAUAGGGUACGUAGAGCAAAGCAGGGAGAGAGGGAUGAGGAGCUGGAUAUGUUCCGGCAGUUUUCCCUCCUGUUUAAGUGGUUAAUUUUUGUGUUUUUGUUUGAUCAAUGUAUUAUUAUAACUUUGUAAUUAAGAUGUAAUCGGAGUGUAACAGUUAUGAACUAAUUGCAGUAUCAUGCAGGCAUAUAUGCGCUGAUGAUUUCUUGCUCUAAGCUUUAUUUA